AUGGCCCAACAACGGCGAGAUCCGGAACCGGCAGAGGUGGAGCUGGGAGAAAUAUAUUACCUGUUCUGCGACCGCUGCGGCCGGAACCACCGCGCUUUAUCCAAUGUGGCCGACCGCGAACGGCACGACCAAGUCUGCGUCCCCGCGGCGCGGGCUGCGGCCACUUGUCGUGUCGUCGUGCACGAUAACGAGUGCAAGGGCAUCGGCCACAGGGUUGGUGAUUUCUGCGCCUUUUGCCAAGCGACGCUCAAGGGUAUCGCGGACUGGGACGUCAGGGAGAAGCAUAUGGACGAGUGCGCGCGGGCCGCGUACGCGGAUCCGAACGGUACUGCUGACGAUGACCCGGGCUUCAUACCAACGCCGUAUACUACAUACCCCGCCACCUACUACGACAACCCGCGGCAAACGGUGGACCCCGCUCGGGACCGGUUCUACGCGGGCUGGGGGACAGGCAGAGGAUACGUGCCCCCGGGCCGGACAAAGUCGGCGUGGGAGAUGGCGAUUGGCAAACGCAGGCCCCGGAGGGGUGACGAGGAUUAUGUUGAAGGUGCGGGUAAUGCGGCUGUUAGGAAAUUUCUAGACGAGGUCCAGAAGGAGAGGGAAUCCCGCCCGGGGUCAGUCUCCCCUGGACGAGGAGUACCAGCUCCUGCUCAACUGGGGCCGCAAGAGGUUCCCGAUGCAGUGGGACUUUUCUACGACGGCGAGCAAUCCGACUUCGACGGUGAGCGACCCCGCGCCCUCGCCCACGCCGCCCACGGUGAUCCAAGUGGUCCACACCCCGACCGUGGAGGUGACCGUCACAGAGACAACGCGGACGCCAGAUCCGCAGCCGUACAACCAGCCGUGCCCAGAGUGCAGCCAAAGGAUCACGGCAUCGACCCCGAGCACACGGUCACGCGCCCCGACGGCUCCGUUGCCGUCAUACCCCGCCCCGGACCCAUCGGGCCAGUACUGCCCCCUUUCCGCGCAGUGCAACAAGACGGAGAGGUUCAAGACCGACGACCUGCGGGAGCACCUGAUCAAGGAUCACGACACGCCAGUCGCGGACAUCCACACCAGCGGGCAAGGCAUCAUCACGAUCAGCCCGCCGCCGCAGCCCGUGUCCCACGACGAUUGCCUGUGGGGAAAGACUGCCCGGAGAAGAACUUCAAGGACACCAAAGCGCUGGUGGACCACUUGAUCAAGGCGCACGGGCAGGACCCCACGUGGCUGCGGACGGACGAGGCGGGCAACGUGCACAUCGUGACCCGGCACAUAAGGGACUCGAGGCUCGCACGGGCGGAGCGGAUGGUUGACCAGCUGAACUUGGUCCGCCGGGCGCGUUCGCCGGACUGGAACGCGAAGCUCGGCAGGGCGCCUGACGGCUGGAAGCCGGACGAGACGAUGUACUGCACGAGAUGCCUGCGCAAGUACCCCAAGAGAAUUCACCGAAAAGAUCCGACCGCGGAAAAGCAGAUGGGCUCUCAUAUCACCGGAUCUGGCGGGAGCUGCAACACUAGGAACGGGCCCGGGGAGGUGGGAGAAGGAACGGUCGGGCUGCCCAAUAGAAGCGGGUGGAUCACGGCCGCGAAUCUCAACGCCGCCGGGCUCAAACUAACGAAGCUCAAGACCGCUUUCGAAGAAAAAUACCCAAAGUACACGGCCACGGUGUACCCGUCGGUGGACAAGCGGGCGACGACGUCGGUUUGGUCCAAGGACCCGAAUAACGACAUCAUAACCAAGUACCUACAGCGGGUGUGGCCGCCAUUUGAGGGACCGAGCCCGCCGGAUUGGUUGCUAGCCGAGGCGCUAUCCUCGCGUGCCGCGUCGGCUGAUGCAGAAGAUGAUGAUGAUGAUGACGAUGGCAACGGUAGCGGUGGCGAUGAUGGCGAUGAUGGUGGUGAUGGUGGUGAUGGUGGUGAUGAUGGCGACGACGGAGGCUCUGGGGAUGGUGGGGGCUCUGGAGGUGAUGGAAGUGGCGGCGGUGAUGGCGGUGAUGGCGAUGAUGGCGAUGAUGGCGGUGAUAGCGGGGAUGGCGGUGAUGGGAACGACGAUGGGGGUAGUGGGGAUGGUGAUGAUAGUGAUGACGGCGAUGACGGUGAUUACGGUGAUGACGGCGACGAUGACGAUGAUGAUGAAGACGAUGGAGAUGACGGAGGUGAUGACAGCGAUGGUGAUUAUAAUGGCGGCAAUAGUCUCGGUCAACAGCAGGCCCAAAAGACACGCCGCUUCCAGGCCCGCCAAUCCCGCGACCCGGACGUCUCGGAAGAAGGCUGGCUCCACAACCUCCCGCCCGAGGACCGCCAAUUCCGGGGUACAGCUUCCUCUCAGAGCUCGAAUCGAAGCACAACCAACACCAGGGGCACAACUUCCUCCCAGGCUCCGAAUCAAGCCGGCACCAACACUAGGGGCACGACUUCUACUCAGAGCUCCACCUCUCACACCACAAACCCCCAAGCUACCACUCCCCUUCGCAACUCCAACCCCAGCACCGUCAGCGCCAAUAUCGCAGCUCUCUCACAGCCUAGGUCUCAACACUACGAACCCUGGGGAACACCUUCUUCUCCGAGCUCCACUUCUCGCACCACAAACCCUAGAGCUACGACGCCCCCUCGUAAUUCCAACCCUAGCACCGUCAGCGCCAAUAUCGCAGCUCUCUCUCAGAGCCUAGGUCUUAACACCACCAACCCUGGGGGUACAAUUCCUUCUCAGGGCUCCGGCCUCAACACCACCAGCCCUAGAGCUACGGCGCCCCCUCGCAAUUCUAACCCUAGCACCGUCAGCGCCAAUAUCGCAGCUCUCUCUCAGAGCCUAGGUCUUAACACUACCAACCCUGGGGGAGCGCCUUCUUCUCCGAGCUCCACUUCUCGCACCACAAACCCCAAGGCUGCGAUUCCCCCUCGCAAUUCCGACCCUAGCACCGUCAGCGCCAAUGUCGCAGCCCUCUCUCGGAGCUUAGGUCUUACCGGGGCCAACGCCCAGAGGACAACUCCUUCUCAGGGCUCUGCCCCCAACGCUCCAGGUGCAAAUAAAACGAAUCCUGCGAAUAGAGGCCAACGGCAACCCAUCGCCGCUCGCACGAGAAGUCCGGACGAAGGAUACGCCGACGAUGAACCUCACACCUCGGGUGACGUCGAACAAGCGCAAGAGGGGGCGGCGCAAGACCCGGCGUGGAGAGAUCCGGGGGCGGUAUACUCGGAAGACGAGGAGCCGGCGUCACCGGAGGUGUCCAGAGAUGCGUUGGACCUACAAACCGACCUAACCGAGGCCAUGGCGGCGGUUGAGAGCGGUAGCCCGGCUAGGAGUACGCGCCCCGCAGAGCCUGGUGCCCGGGGGCCGAAGCGGACUCGAUUAUGA